UGCAAGUCGAGGCAAUGGUGUACGCAGUUGGCGGCAAGCAAACGGGUACCCAGGCAGAUGCAGUGCACACCUGGAUAAGAGGGUACACAUGUCCAAGUGCUCUACCAAGUGCCAAAGUCGAUGCUUGAGUAGGUGCACCAGUCAACUAACGACAGGGGCCAGGGCGGGUCGGGUCCCAGGGGCCAGACACACACACACACAUAACUUGCCCUCUCCCUCUCUCCCCACACGCGAUCAACACACGCACACACACACACAUCCUCUUCUUACUUUCUGCACUCUGCCAUACUGCCGUAUCUACACAACCACAUACUGGUACGCUUCUGCCCUCCGCUCUCGCACCCAAACCAUCGCUGUCACAUACACGCACAUGCCGGCCAUGUUUCCUUUUCCCAAGCAACAUGGCUUUCACGUGCUAUACAUGCGUACAUACCUUGUACAUAGCGUCGUCCACUGACCGCACUUCCAGAACAGAACCUCUGCCAAACCAUGGCCGCUGAGAAUGCGCCCUUGGACCCUUACAACUCCAUUCGCUACAUCCAACAGUCGUACGACAUCAACGACUCCCACGCCUCGGCUCUGAACCUCGUCCUCGCCUUGCGUCCCCAAUGGCGGGAAUCCCAAGACACCAUCGAAUUUGUGCGCUUCACCGAUGGCAUCACAAAUACAGUAUGUUACCAUCCGGCCACUGCAUACCACAUCGUAUCCAGCCAUCUCAUGAAGGCCGUCAACAAGAGACCGGGCACCUCCAAAUCCGACAUUGAUCGCGAUGCCAUUCUACUACGCGCCUAUGGCAAAGGCACCGAUGUGUUGAUAGACCGUAAAAAGGAAACAUCGUCGCAUUGCCUGCUCGCUCGACACAACCUGGCUCCCUCUCUGCUUGCGCGCUUCGACAACGGUCUCCUCUACAAUUUUAUACAGGGCGACGUGUGCCAGCCUGUCGAUCUUCGCAGGCCGGAAGUAUGGCGAGGUGUAGCGCAGAGACUUGGACAAUGGCAUGCUACCUUACCAAUAUCGAGCAUCAGCACAACGUGUCCAACCCCAACUGAGAUCACCCCCUCAAACAAGCGUGCUUCGUUGGUAGCCAUUUCUCAACUGACGCCCGGAAAACCCAUCCCAAACAUAUGGACCAUCAUGCAGAAGUGGAUUCUUGCGCUGCCCAUAAGCACCACCACGCAAGUUCAUCGCCGCGACGAAUUACAGCGUGAGCUGGAGUGGCUGGUCAACCAGCUAGGUGAUUCUCCCGGCAUUGGCGGCUCAAACCCCUUCGUCUUCGCCCAUUGCGACCUCUUGAGCGGCAAUGUCAUUGUUGAGUCAGCGCCAUCUUCCGCUGCCGCCUCUCGCCGCUCUAGUGCAUCCGACGUCUCUGAUGGUGAUGAAGAAGCUGCUGCUUCCGUGUCUUUUAUUGAUUACGAGUAUGCUUCCCCCGCCCCUGCUUCCUUCGACAUUGCAAACCACUUUGCGGAAUGGGGGGGUUUUGAUUGCGACUAUACGGCGUUGCCCACGCGCCACGUCCGCCGGUGCUUCCUCCGCGAAUAUCUUCGUAGCUUUGCCGGGCAUCUGAAUCGCACAUACAACGAGUCGGAGCUGGAUGACGCGUUGGAACAAGUGGACAGGUUUCGAGGCGUACCCGGCUUUUACUGGGGCAUAUGGGCUCUGAUCCAGGCUCAAAUCUCCUUGAUCGAGUUCGACUACGCUGGGUAUGCUGAAAUCAGGUUAGGUGAGUACUGGGCGUGGAAGCGUGAGACUAGCGGCGCGAGGGCAAAGGCUGGAGAUGAAAUGCCGUUACGGGAAAGAAUAUGGGCGAAGGAAUGA